AUGCCUUCGAGCAACGUACCAUUCCCUUCCCCUCCUGUCCUGCCGGCGCCGAGACAACCAUCACCUCUCUCUUUCUCAUCAAUAGCAGAUGAUGCUGGACUACGACCACCCCCUUCACCUCCUACUCCCGCGUCAUCAUUCCUCGGUACAGGCGAAUCAGUCUCAUCUUCCUCUUCAUAUAGAGCCCCAGCUUCAGCUUCAUAUGUCACACCUACUUUCCCAAAUGAACAAAUCAUGACUUCACCCAUAUCCGGUCCAUCAAUAACAUCACCCUCAACCCUCAACUCAGCUUCACCUGUCUCAUCAAGUAAGCUGAACGUACUUGUACCAGUACAGCCUCUACCAGAUUCUUUACUCCUACGUUCAACGCUCUCCGCUUUGGAACAUUCGACAUCCACUCUCAAGCGAUUAUCCAAAUCGGUCUUGAAUUCCGCAUCGGUCGUAGCAGCCUUGGCGGAACAGCUAGAACGAGCGGAAGACGAUUUGUUCGCUGCCCUGGGUGAUUUAGGCAGAUGGUUGGAGAAUGGAUAUGGCCUUCAGGCGAAGGGAAGCGUGUGGGAUCCUGAGGGAGGGAUAAGGAAGGUCAGUAAAGAAAGGAGAAAGAGGGAGAGGGAAGAUCGAGAAGUUUGGGUUGAGAAUGGGCUGAAAGCUAUAAAGGUAGAAUUGAAAAGACAGGGAUUGGCCGGUGGUGGUGCACAAGCUAGAUUCGAUAACAUCGCAAAACAGUUCUACCACCAGACAUCUGUCUACCUAUCACCUCAGACUACUCAAGGAUCCACUCUAGCGGGACCAUCAUCUCAAACCCAACUCAACUCCAACACCUCCGCUUCUUCCUCUGCAUCCACCUCAUCGCAUAAUCCGGCUGCGCCAACCGAUAUGGCCCAGGCUGUUAGACAUGCUCAAUGGGAUCUGGCCCGAUAUAACCAUCAUUCCACGCUGCUAUACGCUGUCCCGCCAAGCUCGAUCGGGUGUUUGGAUCUGCUAGUAGGCUUAUAUGGCUGGGUGGGCGGUCUACUGGGCGAAACUCCCGGACGGAAAGAUAUGGAUGAUGAAGGAGGAGGAACACCACCUUCCCGACAGAGAGCUUCGACUGCACCAACUAACACCGGAAAUCCCGCUCAUUUGUUAUCUCGUCAUUCUCCCCCACCAUCCGGCUCCGAUUACCUCAAAUCGACUCUGUCGAUCUCCUUAACUCAGCUUGCCAAGACUCGCUCGGAAUUACUGAAAGCUUGGGCAGAGAGAAAUCAUCAAACUCAGGUACUGGAAGAUGAGGUGAUUCAGCGUCAAAAUGAUUUAGGUGUAUCAUCGCCUGACGAAUAUACUUCAUCUAGAUUUAGCGAGUUCAACGCGAUCACCCCGGUGUCAUCUGCCGGUAUCGAACAUAAGAAAGGAAAGAAGAUGCACAAGAUCCAUCGUUCAGUCGGAGGCAGACUAAGAGAUUUCCUCACGCCAUCUACUAGCUCGAACGCUCUGUCUACGCAAUUGGGUACUGGUACUGGUACUGGCGAGAGAUUAUCUAGAAUAAGUCUUGAUGGUGGGUAUGGAAGAGGGGAACUCAGUGCUCCUGCGCCUAUACGAAGGAAAACUACAGAGGAUGGCACUACCCCGGGAACAGAUAAAUUACAUACUCAUCCUGAAAUACCUGGACCUCCCCAUUCAUCCAAUUCUGCUCCUUCGUCUACUCCAACUCCACCUUUACCUCUUGCCAAAGAGACUUCGCCCAGACCUAGAUUACCUUCAAGGCAUAGUGUUCAGAUGCCCACUGGGACAGAUUACGUCUCGCCAUUUAUAGCGUCAAAUCAAUGCCCUGUACCGCCGAUCCCCACUGACAGCUCACCUGAUUUGAGAUUGUUGACUUCUGAUAGAGAUAUGGUGAGACAUAGUGUAGAUAGUGCACGACCUUCUGUCGGUGUCGGUGGUGUAGGUGGAAUGGGAGCUGGUGGGGAUGAAGAUGAAAGAAGGGAAGAGGCGGGAAGGAAGAAGGAAGGUGUACUUUGGGGAUUGGGUAGCUGGGAGGGACUGAAUAAAGCUGGUGGUGCGAAGGGCAAAUGGGAGAAAUUUUGGGUGGUAUUGGAUCAUUCGAGGAUAUACGAGUACCGCGAUAACAAGACGGGUGUUCCUGAAGGUGCUCAUGCGGUGAUUGAUCUGAAGUUCGCGAGUGUCAGAGAAGUUUUUGAGAUUGUUACGCCGUCUCAAGGCAGACGUUUGUACCAAGCUACUUCUGAAACCGAAAUGAAACUAUGGCUUUAUGCGAUAUGCAACGCCAUUGAAUCAUGUAUCAACGGAACUUCCUCCGUUCGCACAUUCGACGCAUCGAAACUACGUACCGUCUCAGGAUCAUUGGAUGAUCACGCUUUACCAGCCAGGGGUAAACUCGGAUUGGGAUUCAAUAGCCGAGCCAUCGGUUUGGGAUUUCCUAUACCUCCUAAUGGAAGACGAUCGAUGCCUCCUACACCUACUGAACACAGUACUCCCGAUUCAUCAAUGGAGAAAAGAACACGUAAGACCAGCUUGAAGAAAAUGCUCAAACAGUCUGGAGAGAAGUUAUCAAAUGUGGUUAGUGGGAAUAACGGAGGACAUAGGAAUUCAUUGGGAGGUGAAUUGGAUUUACCUCGACCUGUUUUUGGUAAAGCUGGAAGUAGGACUAGUUUACCUCUGUCUACUCCUGAAAUCGAUAAAUUCAUUAUGCCUCCUCCGCCAGUACCGAUAUCUUCUAGACCUAAGACCAACCCUAUCCCUACCCCAACGCAAGAUGGUGAAAAGGGAUCAUGGGCUGACGGAGAGAUUGAAAAUCGUGUAUUGGAGAUGGCCGGUAUGGGAUUAGGGCUUGGUGAUAUACCUUCUACUUUUACAUCGAGGGAAGAUAGUCCGAAUAGUGUGAAGAGAAGAGUCAAAUCUGAAGCUGUUAGAAAACCCACGCAUCCUUCACGAUCGGGAUAUCACGCGAGUGAGUCUGGCGGGGAGCCCAUGAACAGAUCCAAAUCGCAAGAUGCUUCCCCCGCUCAAGAAGGAGGGUUAGAUAUGAAGGAGUUGAGGAGGAUUGCAGAUUUGGAUGGGAAUAGGAAAUGUGCGGAUUGUGGAAAGGGAAUGAAGAGUAGUAGAUGGGCAACUAUCAGCCUCCGCGAUACACCCAUGGUCAUGUUCAUAUGUAUAAGAUGUUGUGGGAUCCACCGAUCGUUGGGUACACAUAUAUCCAAACCUCGUUCGGUCGAUCUUGACCUUUGGACUCCCGAGAUGAUUGAGUUGGCUAGACAGUGGGGGAAUGAAAGGGGUAAUGAAGUUUGGGAGAGCACUUGGGAAGGUGGGAGGGUAGGAGAUGAUCGAAUAACAGAUCUCAUCAAGGCGAAAUAUGUAGAAGGAAGAUGGUUGAUAGAUGAAGAUAAGUUGAAAUUUGGACUGAUCAGUGAAUUGCCAAUAGUGGGAAGAGCUAUCUAA